AAAAUUAUUUUUUUAUUUUUUUUUACUUUUAUAUGCAUACUUUUUUUCAACAGACAGUCCUUCAUGAUUUACCAUACUUAUCGUUACUGGCGGAUGAUGAGUGGGUGACAGUGGAUUUCUUGCUGGGGGUUUUGGAUACUCAAGAAGUUGCAGUGUGCAGUGGUCUUUCCCUUUAUAACUGUGACACUGUACUGGCAGAGUCACUGCCGGCUCCUUGGGUUGUCAAGGCUGCAGGUGAAUCUUCUCCACCGGAGGAACAGGAUGGUCCUCAGGAAUCUCUUUAUAAUGUCCAGAGAAAAAUAACACCAUGGAAGUCAAUGGUGACAGAGAUGACUGCUUCCCUCGAUCUUCCUCAACAAAUUGAAACACAUCAGAGUCGAGGAUCUUUAAUCAUAGUGGCUUUCUCUGAUUGACAAGCCCCAAA